AUGGAAGGGAGCCACUAUGAAGAAGUUCCGGGAGUUACGAAGGAGGGUUCGAGCUCAUAUUGGUCAUGGGUUGAGAACGGGAAUUGGACUCUAUGCGAUCUAAUCUCCCUCAUCGAUUCUCCCGAGAGUUCACAAUUGCCGCGAGCAAACAUAUUAAUGACGAGGAAGUUUGUUAUGCUACUAAUACUUGUACUUGCUCGCCUAUUCUGCCCAAGCCUGGCUGAGGAAGAGUUUCGGGGCGUAAAACAAAAAAAGACGCUGAUGGGCCGGUGGCAUACUAUGAGUAAUGAUUCCUUCAUUCACGAGAAAUAA